CCUCUUCGGACUGUGUCGAAAUUCGAUUCGAUUUUUGUGGAACGUCGAUCUGAUGACGAUCUGACGAAGUGAUGAUGUCUAUCGAAAGACUCCAAGACUGUGCAGGGGUCAACGACACUCUUAUUCCAUCCCAUCUGAAUCACCCGUACUACACUUUGUGUUAAUGGAUAUAUGAAAUAUGGAACUUGAGUCGUAAGAUCGAACCUCCGUCGGCUUCUUGAAUUUCGUUGAUUUUUUGUCCUUUCUUUUCUUUUCCCUUAUUUUCAUGUAACUAUUCAAUUCUAGAGAAAUAAAUUAGAGAUUUUUUUUUUCCUUAUAAAAUUCUAGUGGCAGCAGUUCUUUAGUCGGCAUCCUGUGCGUUCGCAGUAUCUUUACCUCUCUCUCUCUCUCUCUCUCUCUCUCUCCCUCUUUACUCUCUCCAAGGUCGUUUCUCUCUUUCUUUCGCACCGCAUAGAUCCUUGUGCCAACUUUUACCUGCAGAUUGUCCGUAUUUUGAUCUCAGUCAUUCCUUUUUGUUAACGUGCGCACAUAAUCCGUCUAUGUACAUAAUCCAACUGCGGAUUUCAAAGCCAAGUUCUCUGGUUUGUAUGCUUGCAGAUUGAAUCCUCACUGUUCUUACUCUGGUUUCACAUUGGGAGGUGUGCAGAUACACAGACCGAACGCCGAGACAUACGAAGCACGCACACGCGCGCACACACACACACACACACACACACACACACACACAGAGAGAGAGAGAGAGAGAGAGAGAGAGAGAGAGAGAGAGGCGCAUUCGCCAUUUUUUUGACGCUUUGUAUGUCAACUGCUUGUCGUCUUUCUUUCUUUUCGUUAAAUUGUCCUAACAAUCUGUUCUAGAGGUCGUAUGUCUUUCGGCACAUCGAUCGCAAUGCAGACUCGAUUCAUCGUCCUUCUUCUUGUUUAUACGUUCCUUCCCAAUUCUACGAAAGAUUGACAACGAUCAAUCUUCUCCCUCAUUCGUGCAUAAAAGAGAGAGAGAGAGAGAGAGAGAGAGAGAGAGAUUACAACGGCGUUUGAUUUUGCGGAUGGGAAGAAGGCGGCGAACAGAGAGCGGCAUCCAUCAUUGAAGACAAAGAACACAAUUGUGGGUUUUGAGCAGACCACCUUUUCUCUAGUCCAGGUGGAAGAAAGGCAGAAGGGCUGGACGUACUGGAUCCUCACGAAGACCACUUAACGAAAGCCACAAUGAAGAUGACCCAGCUGUGCUCAAAUCCACACUGUAAGCGGACGUCACCAGGGGAUGGCCCGACUUGCCGAUGGCAUGUGCGAAACUAUGGAAGUGAGGAGGAGCCAAAGAAUGUUACUCUCUGCAAUGCAUGUAAAAUCAAUUUUGACCAGGGCAAAUACUGCCCAUUUUGUGUGCAGAUAUACAGGGAGAAAGACCCGGACAGUUUUGAUGGCAAAGAGUGGGUUGGCUGUGAUAACAGAUCAUGCCGACGCUGGGUACAUGUGGAGUGUGAGAUCAAGGCGGGGCAUUCAGUGGAUUCAAGUGCUUUCUAUCUCUGUCCCACAUGCAGAGAGACGACUCAGGAUUUAGGGGACAGACGACGACCAAGUAGACAAGCUCACAGCGAAGCUCGUUCGGUUGAGGAGGAUGCUGGCGGGGACAUUCAAAUGGAGGAUGUGUCAGUCAAGGGAGGCUCGCCUUCAAACAGAAUUCCGAGACGUCCGCUACGGGUUGACCUAUCGAGACUGGAGACGUCAUCUCUGAGGAAAUAUAAAAAAGUGUACAAGUUGCGAGAUGUUGCAGGAGGAUGCAAGAAGAUGCUCGCGGUGCUUACAUUCGCGGAGGCAAUGAAAAUAAACCCUGCAAACAUGGAGAUUGCAGUUGUGCAGCCUCAACUGCUCAUCGGCCUAAGGAGGGAGUGGGAGGCAGAGAAGGGGAAAAGGAGAGAGUGAAAGUGCAAGGUCAUGCAAGACGGAGGCAGCAUGCUUGCCUAGUUCCUUGCAAGCACAUUUUAUGUGUUUUUGCAAGUGUAUCAUUAUGGGUGUGUGAGAGAGCCGGACAGUUGACAAACAGACAGGCGGACAGACAGACGGAAAUGUCAAAAGGGUGAAGGAAAUGUAGACAGUGACAGAGAUUGGGCAUUCAGUUUACAUAAGCCAGGGUGGCGGAGAUAGAGAGAAAAGUGUAGCAAGAGUCAUGAACAGUGUCUUUCACUGCCCCACUUGUAGUAAUGUUGCCAUGUGACACAAAGAGGAGGGGGGGGGAAAGGGUUUGGUCAAGGUGAUGCGUGAUGCGCUUUGGGUACUGGAUUCCAGAAGCAUCCAAGUUUACAUGAAGUAUGCGGCAUCGUGCAAGGUCAAGGUGAUGCGCUUCGGGUACUGGCUUGACGAGUGUUUAGGACUAUGUGGUGCAGAGACUGGCAUCAUGCCAGGUCUACGGUGGACAUAAGUGAUGCUCUUCUGCAUAGUCUAGCUUGGUGAGUGCUUGUCUGAUAUCAUGCCAGGUCUAAAGUGCAAAUUAAGUGCUGCUAGUCGACAUAGUCUGCCCCAGUUCUUGUGAUUAUCUCAAGUCUUCGGCUCACUAUCAAUAUCGAGCAUGAAUUCAGCCACAGCCCAUUCAAUAAACCGUCGACUAGGAAUCAGUCGAGCUGCUCGGCUUACGCCAGAUAGCCUCCCCUCUAAAAUCUCGAUGGCGUAUCUGGGCCGUCAGUACGAGGUUUGGUGGUUAGCGUGGUCACUUUCUUGGUUGUGGAUAUGCUCUUCUACAUAGUCUAUCCCAGUGCUUGCGACUAUGUGGUGAUAGUCUGUCCCAGUGCUUGUGACUAUGUGGUGAUGCUCUUCUACAUAGUCUGCCCCAGUGGUUGUGACUAUGCGGUACAUAGUCUGGCCCGUGCUUGUGACUAUGUGGUUUUGAACCUAAGGCCGAGUGUGGAUCGUCUACAUAGUCUGGCUCGUGUACGUGGGACUACGUGGUGAUGCUCUUCUACAUAGUCUGCCCCAGUGCAUGUGAGUAUGUCGUAUAGAAUCAGAAGCCGAGUACCGAUCUUCUACAUAGUCUGCCCAAGUACUUGUGACUAUGUGGUGGUGCUUUUCUACAUAGUCUGUCCCAGUGCUUGUGACUAUGUAGUGGUGCUCUUCUACAUAGUCUGCCGCAGUGCUUGUGACUAUGUGGUGGUGCUCUUCUACAUAGUCGGCACCAGUGCUUGUGACUAUGCGGUGUAGAAUCUGAAGCCGAGUACAGAUAAUAAUGUAGUGAAAGCUUUGGGAGUCGUGAGUCCCGUAGAACGUCGGCCCCAGUGCUUGUGGCAAUGCGGUAUAGAAUCUGAAGCCGAGUACGGAUAGUAAUGUAGUGAACGCUUUGGGAGUCGCGAGUCCUGUAGAAUGUCGGCGCCAGUGCUUGUGACUAUGCGGUAUACAAUCUGAAGCUGAGUACGGAUAACAAUGCAGUGAAAGCUUUGGGUUUCCUGAGUCCCGUAGAACAUCGGAAGCACUAUCCUAUCAAAACUGCUACAUGUAGUCUGGAGUUUGCGAAGCGAGUACCCAGCGAAACUGUUUUGGUAGGUAAGUAUAGUAUGUACUACGCAUAGAUAAAGCAGUUCACCUACU